AUGCCUCUCUACACUUGUCCCGGCUGCAAGAAGCCGAUUUCCGAAUCUCAGCCUCUGGAUCACUGCCUCCAAUGCGAAGCCAUGAACGAGAGACAGCGUGCUCGGAACCGAACUCGGUCAGAGUCCGUCUCGGAGGCCACCGAGACCACCGUACAGUGCACCAUCAUCACCAUCAUCUUUCGACGUCCGAGCCAGCAAUACGGCGAUACAUCUGCCACUUCUCGGCCAUCCGACUCGCCGCCGCGUUACGAGGAUGUCUUUCAAUGGGAGACAGAGACAACUACGACUAGCAGCGGGCUGCAGACUGAAACCAAUGCUUCGUCCAGACGAGGGACCACAGUCACACUGCCCAUCAACAUCAGAAGGGCAUGA